UCAUCAUCCAUUCUAUGAUCACUGCCUGUUCUCCACAGGCACAUUCUGCUGAGCCUCAGGGCCGCGACAAUGGCUGACAUGGUUCAGCUAGUAGAGCCCGGUACACCCCACGCCCACGGACACCACGCCAAGCGCGACACCGGCCUGCUCGGACAAGACUUCGAGGAUGAGCUCGUGGGCUACAAUUUCAACCCACCCUUCGCUGCCGCUGCCUACGAUGAUGUGAAUGCCGAGGACAGUGAGCUCAGGCAGUAUAUCCGCCAUGACGCUCUCGAGAUCCCGCUCUCCAGCCCACCGGCCCUGACAUUGUCCACGGGACCCUCGCCGUCGACAUCCUAUAUCGGAUUCCCCAUUGCUGAACGACCCAUAUCUCCGAUUACACCUCCCGACCCGACUUGCGAGCCUCGAUGCAGCGCUACACCAUCCUCAGAUUCGAACUCUGAUGUCGACUUUGGCUUCGAAGAUCUGAUCAAGCCUGAGGCAUACCAGACGGGUACCGGAGUACCCUUGGCCAAGACCAACGCGUCGACCGCCUCACGUCCCCUCCGUGCACCAUCGCCCCGUCUGCCUUGUGGCACUUGCAAUGGCGUCUCGGCACACGCAGCCCACAGUCAGCAGCCCAGCGUGGCAGAACGUCCAUCACUCACCGUAGUCCCCUCGGCGGCGGACCAGGGGGCCUCUCUCGUUCAUCCGACCAGGUCGCUGUCGAAAAGAGGACGUACAGAUACAAAUGGCACCAUGAGUGGGCUGGUCAAACAGAACAGCAAGCGUCACAAGCAGGUCCCAAAUGGCUUUCCAUGCCGCGAAGGCUGUGGACACGUCUUCAGUCGUUCGUGUGACGAGAAGAAGCACUACGGACGCACACACGCUCCCGAAGAGGAGAAGAAGCACUCGUGCCCCGAGUGCAACAUGAGCGGCAAGAUCAAGCGCUUUCUCUACCCGAAAGACGUCGCUCGCCAUCUGAAACAGGUCCACCACGUUCAGCCCAGUGAGACUCCCAUUGCGGGCUCAAUCGCAACAGGUGAUGUCCUUGACCACGCAUCUCCCGCGUCUUCCACAACAACAUCAACAACAUUUCCUGGUACUGCUGGCUUCUGGACCCUUCACAAAGCUGUCCUCCGAUUCAAGAAUCUGCGCAUUUCCUCCAAGUCGCCUCGCAGCCCAGACGAACAAGAGGAUAAAUGUAUCAUGGUCUCUACGGGGGACCGCACGUUUGUUGAAGUCGAUGUGGCGGGCGUGACACAAACCGACACGUUAACCCAUCGCAUUCUCACGGCGUUGAAAAUCAGCCAGGGCUCACAUGAGAAUCAUGUCCUCGCCCAGGUCUACAGCCGGCGUGGGGGACGCACCCAUCUGGGUGCCCAUGUCAAUAUGCGUGGCUUGCUCCAUCUGGUCUCGACCACAGCCGACUCGCAAGGCACUUUGAAACUGAUCAUCAACAACAACACUGCUCGAGUACACUGACAGAUUUUUACGAUUUUUGAAUAUGUGCUCGCCAGGGGUGGCUUGAGCUCAGCUUUGCUUGCUGGAGAUAUCGCGAGACUAGACGAUCGUUUCAGUGAUCCUUUUUCUUCCUUGCUUUUUCACUUAUUGAACGACGACCACAGAACAUGAAACACCAUAGAGCAUGAACAACGAUACCAGCAUUUCACGACCGACGCACGAUUCCCUUUCCAACUUCCCCGUAGAAGCUCAUGAUGAUACACCAACUUCUUUCUUUC